AUUUGUUCAGUUUCUUUUAGACUACAAGGCGAAAAGGUGUUGUGUUAUACGGUUUAAACGCGUACGAUUGCAUAUGGCGGAAAUUUUUUGUUUUUAUUUUUUUCUACUACAUAAAAAUUUCAAACGAAACGAGUGCGAUAAUCAGCAAACAGACGAAUUAGUGUCGAAAUAAAUACGAGUAUUAAAGGACGGGCUAAGGCAUAGACGUGUUUCAAGUGGAAAACGCAUAAAGUGAAGUGUUUUCUUUGUGUUCUUCAAGUUUGCUGAGGUUCCUUUGAGUUGAAAAAAUAAAAAAAAAAAAUAAUAAUAUUAAAUAUUAAAGUUUAUUCAAAAUAAUUUCACACAAACAACAGUAUUUUUGUAGUCACAGAACAAAGAAAACGUUUUCUUUCAAAAGUGUUAUUGCUACAAACAAACAAGAUUAAAGAUUAUUACAUAAUUUCGCGCAUAAAACGAAACGUCUUUUAACAAACAAACAAACAAAAAGUAUAAACAAAUACAAAUAUAUAUAAAAUAUUUAACGACGACACGCGUGCACAGCAGCAGCAACAACCGAAAAGUGAAACGAAGUUGAAAAGAAAAUUUUAUUAAAACAAAAUAAUAAAAAAACGCGCGUGUGUUUGUGCAACAUAUCUUUUGUAUAAGAUUUUAGUUUUUUAUUUAUAUCUUGUUGCGUGCGAAAUUUAUUUGUUUGCCAAUUUUUGUUGUUUUUUUUUAAACACACACAAAAAAGUAAAACGACAACGGCAGGCAAACUCCAAUAUUUGCCUACCGAGAGUGUUGUCAAAAAUUUAUGCUUAAAUGGAUGCAACAUCAAUAAUCACACAAGUCUCACGCGACGAUGAGCAGUUAAACGUGUGCCCAAAUGAGAAAGAUGAUGUCGAACGUUUGAAACCACCAAAACGCGGCUUCUUUCAAUCGUUUCUAUGCUGCUGGCGACGUAAUCGUACGAAAACCAAUCAAAAUGGCACAUCAAUCGAUGGUUCCACAACACCGCCACCAUUACCGGACCAACAAAGGUACCUACUACCUCAGGUUAGGCACUCGGAUAUGCAUAAGAAAUGCAUGGUUAUCGAUUUGGAUGAGACAUUAGUUCACAGUAGUUUUAAGCCGAUUCCAAAUGCUGAUUUUAUUGUACCAGUGGAAAUUGAUGGCACCAUCCAUCAAGUUUAUGUACUCAAACGACCCUACGUCGAUGAGUUCCUGCGAAAAAUGGGCGAAUUGUACGAGUGUGUUUUAUUUACAGCAUCACUAGCCAAAUACGCGGAUCCCGUUGCCGAUCUGUUAGACAAAUGGGAUGUGUUUCGCGCAAGACUGUUCAGGGAAUCGUGCGUUUAUUACAGGGGAAAUUAUAUUAAGGAUUUAAAUCGUCUUGGACGUGAUUUACAAAAAAUUGUCAUUGUUGAUAAUUCACCAGCGAGUUAUAUAUUUCAUCCAGAUAAUGCGGUUCCUGUAAAGUCAUGGUUUGAUGACACGAACGAUUCGGAGUUGCUUGAACUGAUACCGCUGUUUGAAAAACUCAGCAAAGUUGAUUCUGUAUAUAGCGUUCUGUGCAAUUCCAAUAAUCCGCUGAAUAAUGUUGUCAAAAUUAACAACACGAAUCAACAGCAAAUGUCCAUGCCGCAGGCGCAGAUACAGCAAACUAUGCAACAGCAACAACAAUUGCAAAUACAAACGACACAUCCACAGAAUCAGCAACAGGGUGUGCAACAGACGAUUACAGCAACAACGGUAAUUACGCAAGCGACAACAAUAUCAGUACCGACAUUGCUGACGACACAGCAUCCGCAUCAAUUGCAACAGCAACAACAGCAGCAACAGCAUCAACUGCAAACAAACCAGCAGCAGCAGCAGCAGCUGGAAGGUAGUCCGCCAAAUCCGCCCGAUUUAAGUAAUAAAACGUAACAUCAGUGGGAAUUGAUGUUUAUUAAUAUAUAAUUUGCGUUUUUUGCUUUUAAAUAAAUUAGCGUACACACAUACAUACAUACAUAUAUAUAUACAAAGAAAUAUGUAUAUAAUAAACGUAUAAUAUUAAUAUUAUAUAGCUAUAUAUACAUACAUAUAUAUUUAUAUGUAAAAAAAAAAACAGAAAGAAAUUAUACAAUACACAAACAAAAGAAACAAAUUAACGCGCUACCUAUCCCCCCGCGAAAUACUUUCCUAAUAACAAUUGCUGCAAUUUUUUUUUAUUAAGAACAAAAACAAAAAAGAAAACUACAAAAAAAACACAAAAACAAAUUGAAUUAAUACUACUUAUAUAUACAUAUUUACACAUGCAAGUGUGUAGACAAAUCGAAGUUAUAAUAUGUAAUAUGUAUAUGUACAUAUGUAUUUAUAUAUAUAAAUAUAGAUACAACACACAGUUGAUGUAGGCUAAGUAUGUAGCAAAGCAUACAUUAAACAUAUAGUACAUACACACAACAUACUUAUACCAACAACAACCAAUCUAACAGAAGAUGCUGAUCAAGUUUAUAAAUUAUUAUUAAGUGCAGCUGUAAAGCAUUACAUACAUACAUACAUACAUAAGAAUACAAAUAAUAAGUCAGGCGAAUGCAUACAAAUGCAUAACUAAAUGCAAAAGAACCACAACCACCAAACAAACAAAAGUAGCAGAGAGAAGCAGCAACAAAAAAUAAAAGUAAUAGUAGGGCAAAGUAUAGAAUGCGCGGCGGCGUGUAAUGAUAUCUGUAGGUGUGAAAUGUGUGAUGAAACGAACGCUUUUGAAAAAUGUUGCAAAAAAGUGUGCGCGUGUAAGCGAAAAAGUCGGAAUGAAAGACGAAUGCAAAAGAAACACAAAAAAACAACAAAAAUUAAAACAAAAAAGUAGUAAAGAGCAUAAAAAAGUUAAUCAGUGCGGCAUUGUAUGAGCAAUGAUUGGCAAAACGAAGUGUUUAGCAAGCAUACACAUAUACAUGCAUACAGAAAAAAAUUUAUGCAAACGAACAAAAACAAAAAAAUAUUUAUUUAUGCGAGCGCAACUAUAUUUUUUAUUAAAAUAUAACUAGCAUAAGCCGACAUUUGCUUAAAAAAAAGAAAAAACCAACAAAGAGUAUGCGAAAAUCUGUGCAUAAAGCAACACUAAAAACAAGCGCGAACAAAAUAGAAAAAACAACAACUAAUGUUAAAUAAAGGCACACUUUAACUGCAUAUAAAGUAGAACGCCUCUCCUGCCGCACAUACAAACAAACAAACAUAGAACAACAGGUGAAAUAGUUAAAGAACUUGUAUACAUAACUAUGCGUAUUCAACAUACAUACAUAAAUAAUAUGUAUGCAACAUAGCUUUUUAUAUACAAUUUCCAAUUAGUUUUCCAUCAGUUUGCUUUAUACGCGCUCACCAUAUCGUCGUACACACCGUACACCAGUUUACCCUUACUCACAUUUAUAUACUAGCUAAUAGUUGAA